CACAAUCUCUUCUCAUAUUCUUUGCUCCUCUAUCAGACGCCACUCUUUAAUAAAAUCUCCUUUCCUCUACCAUUAUUUUCAUCUUCCUACAGUCUAUCAUAUAUUCAAAGAAAAACAUCAUCAAAUAUUAGUCCAUUUACUAUAGAGCCACGGAGGAACAGACAAACGCACGAAACUUUAACAUAAUAUAUCUUUUUAUACAAUAAUACAGACAUCUAUCUCACUAUUAACAUAUAUAUUCUAUAAGACUAUUAACACGAACUUAAAGCACUUCAAAACAAUCACAGCCGUAUAAAAAAUUAAUGGUCUAGCAACCCAAGCCGCUGGCAGCUAAUAAUUAUUCAUACGUAGAUAACUCAUUACCAUUUAUUUACAUGACACCGCAAUGUAUUCGAAGGUGAACAAUAAACUACUUAAACGUUUCAUGGAAUUAUCAUUAUAAUGUCAGUUUUUACUAAAUAAAUACAUUUUUCAAAUAAAAAUUUCGGCAUUUUAUUCGACAAUCUUUUUAAAUAAUGUUGGUUCGUAGUGUUAUAGCGAGUUACAAGUGUGGUCGGAUGUUGUGGAAUACCGCGCGAGUGGACAAAAAGUUUGUUUGCAUCAACGCCGCUAUGAACCAGUCGACCGAGGCCGGAGAAAUAACGGAUGUUCAGGCAGCAUCAUUAAAGAAUGACAUGUGCUUACUAGUUGAUGAGAGGGACAACGUCAUAGGAACUGCAAGCAAGAGGGAGUGCCACAGAGUAGGGCCUGAUGGCAUGGUGCCGCUACAUAGAGCCUUCAGUGUACUCAUGUUCAAUUCCGCGGGAGAACUGCUCGUACAAAAGAGGGCUAGUCAAAAAGUAACGUAUCCCAAUGCAAUCACAAACACAUGCUGCAGCCAUCCACUGCUCAUCGACGGUGUACCGGAGGACGUCACAACUGCCGCUAUACGCAGACUGAACGAGGAGCUAGGGAUACCCAAACAACAGCUAAAUCGGGAAGACUUCACACUUAUAUCACGGUUUAUAUACGCGGACCCUGGCGAUGGAGUGUGGGGCGAAUACGAACUGGACCACGUGCUCAUCUUGAGGAGCGACGUGCAAGUCAAACCCAACCCUAACGAAAUCGAAGACGUCAAAUAUGUCGCUAGGAGUAAGAUGGACAGUUUUAUAGCUAACCAGAAGGAUCCCAUCACGCCAUGGUUCAAGUUAAUACACCAACACAUGCUGCCGUACUGGUGGGACAACCUUCACCGCCUCAAAGACAUCGCAGAACCAGACACGAUACACUCCUUUGUAAAUAAAGAUUUAUAGAGAAUACAUAGUUUUUUGUACAUAUUAAUGUAUGUACCUAGUACCUACAUACUUAAGUCGGUACUUCCCAGCCAUUCUCGACAAGUACUUUAAAGUAUUAAGUAUUGUAUAAUAAAACCAUUAGUUUGUAAGAAAAAAAGUUAAAAAUAAAAAGAUUUUGA